UCAAACACCAGGCACUUUCUCAUGAUUCAAUUCGCUUAUUAAAUCACUCAGCACUAUCUGUACAAGAAUGAAGAUCUUCAUUUUUAUAUGUGUGUGUACACUAUACAUCACCUACAUCAGCCCCACCCCCCUGAGCAAGUUGACUGACCGCUGCACUGUAUCGUGUCACAAGCUGCUAGGUGUGCCAUGUCCAGAUGGCAGUCACUGUCCACUCAGCGCCUGUCAGAUGACCUGUCCAAAUGAGUACCAGAGAUCCGAGAAGUGUGGCGUCAUCGUCUGCUUGACCCUGUGUGAACACGGACGUGAGUUGGACGAGAACGGCUGUCCGACAUGCACCUGUGUGUGAAUGACAGCUGACAUGUCAGCGUGCUGGACCAACACACCUGCAGCGGUGUCGUAACACAUCAUGUGUGAAACAUGCUGACAUCAGUUAGCUAAGUCUAAAAUAAAUUCUUGGUGAUAUUUCAAA